UAUUGUAAACAGAUAGAUAACACCAACACAUGUGGAAUGUAAAUAACUAAAGAUCAAGAAUGAAACAACGGUUGAGUCUUGUUUCUUAUGAGCAUGUUUAUGUGUAGGAUAUAUAUGUAUAUUAAGCAAAAAAUUAAUAAAUUGGAUGUGGUGUAAGGUAUUAAGAAAUAAAGGUACUAAAUGAGCGUUCGCAGUAGAGAUGUGGCAGACCGUGCUAUUUGUCGAGCAUCAAGGCCUAAAAUGCCGGUGAAUGGCCAGGAAAGAGGAGAACAGAUCACUAAUGGCUUUGAUGACAUGGACUGCAAACAGGAUGAUUUUACUGAUCGGUUGUUGUUGAAAAGUGAGAAGAUGAGACUGAACUCUUUCAAGGACUGGCCAAAGUCAUCUCCUGUGAGACCAGAAGAACUUGCCAAAGAUGGAUUUUACUUUUUGGGACAACCAGAUCAGGCAAAGUGCAUAUUUUGUAAUUUAGUGUUAAAAAGUUGGGAACAAGGCGAUAGAGUGCGUACAGAACAUUCAAAAUUUAACUCUUCAUGUCCUUUUUUAGCUAAGCAAAAUGUUGGAAAUGUUCCCCUCCCUCAGACAGCUUUCAAUGCAACUCACAGAACAAAUGUUGCAAAGUUUCCGGAGUACAGUAAACCUGUCACAAGGCAGGAAACGUUUCGAAAGUGCGGAGUUAAGUUUCCAGUCAGUGUUGACAAUAUGGUGGAUGCAGGAUUCUUCUAUACUGGUCCAGAUGACUGUGUGAAGUGUUUUCACUGUGGGAUCAUGUUCCGGCAGUGGGAGGCACACGAUGUCCCUCUACAGGAGCACCUGCACUGGGCCCCUGAAUGUCAAUACGCACGCAGUGUAACAGCUAGUGAUGAAAACAGCCAGCUACAAAGCAGCCCUUUUGUACAGAAGGUGCUGGACAUGGGCUAUAGUAGAGAGCUGGUGAACAUUGCUGUACAGAGGCACCACAGAACAACAGGUGCUGAGUACAGUGAGUUAAAUCAGCUCCUGGACGCUGUGGAGGCACUGCGCAGACAACAGGAUCACGUGUACCCACCCAGCGGUGAAGGACUACUGUCAGGCCCUUCUUCAUCUACUGAAGAUGAAUUACGGAAAAUGCAAGAAUCACUGCAAUGUAAAAUCUGCAUGGAACGGCAGGUUGCUUUGACCUUUUUGCCCUGUGGCCAUUUCGUCACAUGUGAAGAGUGUGGGUCCAAAGUGCACAGGUGUCCCAUGUGCAGGACAAGCAUACGGGGAACCGUGAAGACAUUCUUUUCAUAGUUGGCUUGCAGUAUUUUCUAUUUUAUGAAACACAAUCAAUGUUGUGAGAUUUGAUAUCUAUCUAAAAAGCUGCAGAAGCAACGGGGUUUUCAGGGGUUUACACAUGGGCUGGACAGAAUGUAAAGACACUGUUACAAACUUUGUUUUUGCAAAUGUCUCAUGUUGUUGAAUAUAUUGGCAAAAAUUUUAGUGCAUAAAAGACAGUUGUUUGAAGUUUGUGCCGAUAUCUUAAGGUAUAAGAAUCAAUCCUUGAAUACGUCUGAAAUUGGUGACAAAAUUUCAUGUUGCAUGACGCAUAACCAUGCAGUACACAUGGACUUUUUGAACAAGAACUCAUGCUUAUUAAAUACAGUAAUUCCGAUGUAGUUCACAUUGCCAUCAGCAGUAUAAAAAUCUGUCUUUUUAACACUAGUUUAAAUUCUUAAGAAAAUUUGUUUUAAAAAGUUAUUUGAAAAAAAACCGCUACCGGUGGUCUACAUCCUUUAAGGUUUUAUUCAGAACCCCACAAAGACACGUUAUUCUGCGCCCUGAUCAAGGUACCUUGGUCUGACUAGUAAAUGUGUGGCAGUCUCAUUAAAAACUGUACUGAAUCUGUCAGAGACUUGCUUGUGGAUUUCUCAAACCCAGUGUUCAUGUUGUACUUUUGAUGUUAGUUUUAAUCUUAUGAGAUGUUUGAGUAAAUUUUAUGUACAUGUAUGUCCAUAUAUUUUGUGUAUCAACGCAUUGUGAUAUCAUAAAAAAGAACUCGACGUUUAACCUUAACUGGAUUUUUUGGUUAAGAACAGACUUAUUUUAACCCUUUGCAUGCUGGGAAAUUUGUCGUCUGCUAAAAUGCCGUCUGCUGAAUUUAUAAAAUUAGCAUUUUCUUUGAUUUUUAAAAAAGAAUACUAUCAGAAUAGCAAACAGUUUGGAUCCUGAUGAGACGCCACAUUCUGUGGCGUCUCAUCUGGAUCCAAACUGUUUGCAAAGGCUUUCAAAAUUCGGUUCCAGCACUGUAAGAGUUAAAUGACUUUUUUUACGUGUUGUCCCUGCCUGUGUGCACUGCACAGCUGAAUCUGGGAGGACACUAGGCAUAUGCAUUAAGCCCAGUUUUCUAAGGAUGCAGCUCAAAUUAAUCUUUAAAGCUACAUCACAGUGAUGCAGUUAACAUUGCUGUCUUUGUUAUUAGAAUUUAAGGUGAACCAUCAGUCAAUUUUGACAGGGUGUUGGUCUUUAUUUACGUCUUGAAUUUUAUUCUUAUAUAGUGUGCAGUAAUGUAAUUUUUUUACUUUUAACAAAAGAGAUGUUUUUGUGUCCAUACAUACAGGUGUACUUUUUAACUAGAGCACAAACAGGUCAAACAAUGGUUUUGAUCGGGUCAAUUAACAAAACUGUGGAUUUUUGGGUGGGGGCUUGUGAAGAUUAAAAUAAAUUUACACAAAAUAUAUUACUAUAUUUAACAUCGCAUUUUACUGCUUGCCAGUCAGAACUAAAGACCUUAAAUCACAUAGAAAAAGUAGUAUCAUUAAUAAAAUAAUAGCUAAAAUACUGAAACAUUUAACUAUGCAUUAAGUAUGCCCCUCAUGAUGAAGACAAUGAAUGUCUUUAUAUUUUCAUUGAAACUGAUUCAAGUUUGAAGUAAAUGUAGAUCUUAUAGACAAGUUCCGUUUCAGAAAUGUAUUUCUCCAACAAACUAGUAUGAUUUUGGGAAAACUUUACCACGCCUCAGUUGUGUAUAUUUAUUAUUUGGAAUGCUUAAAAUGAUAUAGAAGACAAUUUUGAUGCAUUUGUUCAAUCUAUCAAGAUAUGAACCCUGCAUUUUCCUUUUUGUGAAUUAGCGACCCAAUGGGUAUCAAUACUUUGUGUAGGAUCUAAAGGUUACCACCCACUAAUCUUCUUAUUUUUCGCGUUCCUGUUAAAGCCCUUUUUACUGUUAAUAAUCGUGGAUAGAGGUUUAUGAAACACAAUUGUUAAUUGCAUCUCAAUUCAAACAAAUCAUUUUAAUUAUUUUAGUUACAUUGAUUCCUGUACAUUUAUGUCUAGAUUCUAUAUUUGACAAGUUAUUACCAUAGCUAGAUCCAGUACAUUUAUGUCUAGAUACUAUAUUUGACAAGUUAUCACCAUAGCUAAGUCCAGUACAUUUAUGUCUAGAUUCUAUAUUUGACAAGUUAUAACCAUAGCUAGGUCCAGUACAUUUAUGUCUAGAUACUAUAUUUGACAAGUUUUCACCAUAGCUAGGUCCAGUACAUUUAUGUUUAGAUACUAUAUUUGACAAGUUAUCACCAUAGCUAGGUCCAGUCUUAGUAGGGACCACACACAUUUUCAAAUGUGAUUUAUAUUUUGUAAAUAUUUUUACUCUUUUAGAUUGAUGUUUUAAUAUUUUAACUUCAUAUUAAAGAUUGUUUGCAUUCUGUGUGGUUUUAUGGUUCAAACAACUUUUAUAAGCCAUUGUUAUGUCAUUUGUUAUGCAAAUGGGCUGAGCUACAUGUAAAAAAGGGGCUUUAAUGCAUGUGCAUAAAGUGUCUUCACACAAUUGCAGUCUGCACAGGCUUACCAGGGAUUACUCUUUGAGCCUUUAUUAAUUUAUUUUCGUUUCAAGAAAGUCUCUUCUUAGCAAAAAUCAAAGUUAGGCAGAAAGUGUCUUCCCUGAUUAACCUGUGUAGACUGCACAGGCUUAUUUGGGACGACACUUUACGCACAUGCAUUAAACCCUCAUUUCACAAAGCAUGGCCCAUAUUAUUGCACAAAAGUAGUGCCAUAAUUUUAUGUAGUCACCUGUAGCAGUAGACAGUGAGAUUAAUGUGCUUGCAUGCACUUGAAAGCAUCUCAGCAUUCGACUUUUGACUUAUCAAAGUGAAAUCAAAUAAAAUGGAUGAAACUAAA